CUUGCAAUCACGUUUGCCCAUGGUACGCGUUAGUGCAUUUUAAAAAGUUUGUUAUUAAGAAGUCCCAUAUUUAUAUAAUAAAUAAUAUACGAUGGAGAAGCUUGUGUCGGCCAAAACGUGUCUUAAACUGUUGCAGGUGAUGCCCGGCGCACAGCAGGCGGCCACAACUGGUGGCCUGGGCGUGCUCGCUAGUCCGCUCCAGAACCUGCUUCAGAUGCAGCAGGUGCGCCACCGACAGACCAAACACUGGCAGCCCGAGUUCAAGCGCCUGCGCAAGCAGAAGUUUAUCAAGAUGGAUUUGCCCAAUCUGCGCGAGAAACAGGAGGAUAUCAGCAAGGAGGAGAUGCGCAGCCGGAUGAAGGAGCGUGGUGUUCUGCCGCCAAGGCCCUGGAUGGAGCGCCCCUUCCACAUCAGCUGCACCGGUGGCAUCUUCGAGGCGUAUGUUCCGCCUGAGGGCGAUGGCAAGAAGUCGAUCAUUUCCACCUCUGGCGCCAAGCAGAAGCUAGAGUUCCUGGAGAAGAAGUCCAAGAGCCUGAUGGCCGUGCGCAAGAUUCGCUCCUACGAGGAGAGCUUCAGCUCCGACGAGUUCGGCGCCGAGGCCCAGGAUAUCUACAUCCAGGCCCACACGCACAUGGCCGCCAAGGAUAAGUACAAGAUCCGUGAGUUCGUCAGCGAACGCUGCUAUCCCGAGAUGAUGCACAACGUGCGGGACAAAACCAUUCACUGGAAGUUCCUGCAGUCGCUGGAGCCGCCGCGCGUCGUCCAUGCCCGCGUCACCGAGGUGAUCACCAAGGAGAACCAAUUCGCCCAGGUCACCGUGCGCUUCCACAGCCAACAGAUGCUGGCCAUAUACGACCGCUUCGGCCGGCUCAUGCACGGCAGCGAGAUCCUCACCAAGGACGUGCUGGAGUACGUGGUCUUCGAGAAGCACAUCUCCAACGAGUACGGCAAGUGGCGGCUGCACGACAAGAUCAUCCCCGACUGGCUGCCGCCCAAGCAGCCGGCUCCCAUAACCUAUCGUCUCAUCGAGGAUGUGGAGGAGGUGGAUCUCCCCAAGGAGCUGAGUGGCGGCGAGGAAGCAACCAAGCAGCCGGAGGUGGUAGCAGGCAGCGCACAGACCAAGGAGCAACUGCAACUGGCCACCUCGACUGAGAGCCGGACGAAACCUUCCCUGGCCAUUUGAUUGUACUUUUUGUGGGCCGCCUGGCGGCUCAGAAGGAUGCGCGUUUAUGUUGUCGAAUGAUUUUUGAGCUGCCAACUUGGUCAAAUUAUAAUUUUAAACAAUA